AUGCUGUCUUCACUUCUGGCUGUAUCAGCUGCCUUCCUCUCGCUCACCGGUCUCGCACAAGGAAUCCCCCAGGCUGGCGUUUCUUCAACCGGAGCAGCAUGCAACAAUUCUCCCCUCCUCUGCGAUCGAAACUACAACAACAUAACACAUAUGGGGGCUCAUGACUCUGCCUUCCUCCGCAAUAAGGAAACCUCAUUUUCCACCGCCGGCAACCAAUUUUACGAUGUAACGGCGGCCCUCUCCGCCGGUAUCCGUCUCCUACAAGCUCAAGUACACAAUUUGUCUGGCGCCCUGAAGCUCUGCCAUACCUCUUGCAGCCUCCUCGAUGGCGGAUCUCUGGAAUCAUUUCUCUCCGAUAUCAAGAUAUGGAUGGAUUCAAACCCUAACGAAGUAGUAACCCUCCUCCUUGUGAACUCCGACAACAUGCCCGCAGCCACGAUCGGGGAUUCUUUUACCACGUCCGGUAUCUCCAAAUAUGGUUUCGCCCCCGCCUCAACCAGUGGUCCUAUGGCCACCUGGCCAACGCUUCAAACUCUCAUUUCUGCCAACACCCGCCUUGUAUCGUUCAUUACGAACAUCGAGCAUGAUAGCACAAAGCCUUACCUUCUCCCCGAGUUCGACUACGUCUUUGAAACAGCCUUCGGUGUAUCUUCUGUCGGGGGAUUCAACUGCACGGUCGACCGUCCAUCCUCCCUGGGAUCUGGUUCUACGGCUGUCUCAAAGGGAUACUUGGGCCUAUUAAACCAUUUUCUCGAUAUAGAGCAAUCAUUUGGGAUUACGGUCCCUGAUGUGGCAAAUAUUGCGACCACAAACUCCGCAUCAACAAAUACAACGGGUACUGCGGGGACGCACGGCGCCCAAUGCCAAAGUGAGUGGGGUGUCAGACCGACAUUUAUCCUAGUGGACUUCUUCAAUGUAGGUCCAGCUAUUCAGACUGCGGACCAGCUGAACGGGAUCUCGCCGGUAGGAAGAACAAGUCUCAGUACUGCUGUUUUGACUGCUGAGAGUUCAGGAGCUGCGUCAACAAGCGGAAGUGGGAUAAGCUGGUUUGGGCUUGCGGGGUUUGGGAUGGGUGUUAUUGCUCUGGGAAACUUCGUGUUUCUCUGA